AUCAGGCGGGGUGCAGACUCCGCUCGUGGCGACGAUACGGGUACUCUCAAAGAACUCGUGGCCUCGUGGUUGAACGUUGAGUUCCGUCCGACUCCGUUCAUCUCAGCUGGUGACAAGCAUCGUCGAGGUUUUGUGAGUGACACAUGUGGUAAGCUGUUGUGCCCGGCAGAAUGGCACUGGGAGGAUCCAGUGGCUGGUAUUCGGGAUCGUACGACCGCUUUCAUUGUCUCUGAAAACUCCUGGCCUCUGUUCAUGUAUCACAACAGCGUAGCCGACCCCACUAAUCUAGAAUGCGGUCUCAUGAGAUCGAAGUUGUUAGUGAUGGGCUUCAAGGCUAUAUUUACCUCCCCCUCUUCUGCCAAUGAGAACAAUCGCCGCGCCCGGAGACAGUCAGAUCAAACCAAAGUAAAGACAUGCGUUGCCUCUAUUAUAGGCAUGAGGAAGGUGACUCCUCGCGCAAUCGCGUAUGCAGCUUUUUUGCAGAUCCGAUUUGCUCUUUCCAGCAUCACCUCGUGGCGCACCAUAGACGGAGAUUUCGACUACCAGAUGUUUUGGAACAAUGUUGUAGAUUUCUUCGAAGAUCCCCCAGGUCCAGCUGCGCGAGGUAGGGUCAAUGAUACUCUCGAAUGGUGGACUAGGUAA